UCUUUUAUUGAAGCUUCCUGAAAUUACCCGAUCUCCGAUGUGGUGACGGAAGUUGAGGAACCGAUCUUCCUGACACGGUGCUGACCUCGGCAACUCUACCCCACUGUCGAUCUCCCGCUAUGCAUCUCGACCAUGUCGCCAAACCUAUAGAUGAGAGUGAAACCACGUAUCCGUCGUUGCACGUACUCUAUCCCAUUAGCCGAAUGCCGCCAUGAAGGCAGUUGUGAUAGAACAGUUCGUUUCGAACUUCGAGGAUCUCAAACCGCGGGAUGCACCACUCCCAAGCUCGAAGAAAUCCAGCGAUAUCCAGAUCAAAGUCACCCAUGCUUCCUUGACCCACGUGGACAUGCUGUAUGCACAAGGUCUUCACCAGAACAACAAGCGCCACGUAAAACCUCCCUUCGUCCUGGGUACGGAAUUUGCGGGUAUAGUCAUUUCUUCGCCUUCAAACAAAUUUGCACCGGGAGAUCGGGUGUUCGGCGGUGGUCUCGGCUCCUACGCGGAGAGCAUCUGUGUGGAUGAGGGCAUUGUAAGAAGAGUCCCAGGUCUAUGGAGCAAUGCCGAAGCAUGUGCGGUGGGUGUGUCCGGUGCCGUCAGCUACGGUAGUCUGAUUUCAGUGGCACGCUUGAAGAGAGGAGAGACGGUCUUGGUCCUUGGAGCGUCAGGCGGACUCGGCGUUAUGGCGAUCCAGAUUGCCAAGGCGGUUGGAGCAAAGGUGAUUGCGCUUGUUGGGGACAAGGAGAAAUCCAGAAUAAUGAAGGAGCUUGGGGCGGAUGAAGCAGUCUCCUAUCGCCAGCGAAACUGGGAAGAGGAAGUACGGGCAUUGACGGAUGACGGCGAGGGCGUGCAUGUAGUGUACGAUGCGAUUGGCGCGAUAGAGAGCGCUCUGAAGUGCUUGAGAUACAGAGGGAGAAUCGUGAUUGUGGGCUUUGCCGCGAGGGGUGGAAAGAUGGAGGAAGUACGGGCAAAUCGCAUUCUACUGAAAUCAGCCAUGGUUCAUGGAUAUCGAUAUGGUGAGGAUGGUAGACGAGACCCUAGGAGAACAGAAGAAGUCUGGAGUGGGUUCCUGAACUUAGUCGAGGCCGGCGGCAUCAGACCUAUCAUAUUCCAGGGGAAUUAUAUGGGCUUGGAAUCAAUACCCCGAGCCUUUGGUGAUCUAAAGAUGCACAAGGUCUGGGGCCGAGCGGUACUACGGAUCAACGAAGAUGUGGAGGCGACGAAGGAGGCGGCCAGACUGUGAGGCCCAAGGCAUCAGGACCCCUCGUGAGAGAGACGGCCACGGAGGAGUGGUAGUUAGACUCUUGUGAUAGCACUUGGGUAGAUUUGGUGAAUGAAUCGUUCUGGGCCGUCCCCGUUCAA